UCUGUUGUUUACUUCUAUAAUUACACGGUGCGGCAGUGAAAUAUAUCGAUCAAUACUUUGUCGAGUAUGUAGACUGUGAGAUGGAAAUGACCAUACAUAUACCAGCGAAACGUAAAUUUACGAAUAGCUUGGUAAACUAUUCACAAAUAUAACGGGUAACAAACCAAGUAAUCACCGAUGGCAGCGAGCAAGACCAUUGACAAGCACUUGUUUACAGUUGUGUUCUUUUCGACCUUACUGUUGAAUGCUUUUAGAUUAAAUAAAUACGCACUGGAGCUGAGCUGACCUAGAAAGGUGUUUCAUUGGCAUGCAAAAUGGAUGACGAAGAAUUGGAAAAGCUGGCCAUGGAGGAAAUCCUGAAGGAGACCAAGCGUGGCGCGGAACGAGCAAAAGAACAUGGUGCUCUUGGAUGGCAAAAGUGUCCGCUGCCUGCAACAAAUAAAAGGUUCCUGAAAAAUAUGCUUGUUGGAACUCUUCGUAACCUUGAUGACCGAAAGCGGAGACACAAUGACUAUGAUCAUGAAUAUGACAAACAGAGAGAUCAAUGGAAGGCAAGACGUAGAGAUUCUGAUUACGACUAUGAUCGUGAGGAAAGAUCUGUGAGAAACCACAGAGACACUUCGGAAUAUCGCCGCAAGAAAAACCGACAUCGCUCACAUGGUGGCGAAACCAAAGAACACAAGAAGAAUAAACAUCAUGGUAAACACAAGAAAGAUGGAAGUAAAAAGGAUAAACACAGAAGCAAGAAAAAGUCAUCGAAAAAACAUAAGAAAAAAGAUGUAGAUAAAGCAAAGUCUUGAUUUGUAAUAUUUAUGCAUUCAGUUUUUAGUAGGAUUUUUAUCAAUUUUGUUAACAAGCUAUAUUUUCUGUUUUAUAUUUGUGUUCCAACAAUGUGUCAAACUGUAGAUUCAUUCAAUUCAAAUGAACGCUCAUGUGUGUUGAAAACAUGAAGAGAUGGACCUACUUACGCCAGACGAGAAAGUACGGCUUAUUAACAUAAUUAUACGGACAUUAUUUUCUAACUGAAAAAUCAAGUUUGAAAAUAUUACUGUGGCAAUAACUGAUUGCAUACUCAUUUAAGAAAUGGCAUAGAUAUAUUUUGUUCAUGAAAGGUUGAAGGAUAAAAUGGGGCUGUCACAGAAAAUAUGACCUUGACCAGGGGAAGGUCAGGACAUAUAGAUGUUUGGUCAAAGUCAUCAUAAAAUGGACACUUUAUAUUAAAGUGAGUCUUGAAUCUAGUGCAUCAAAUACCUGUGACCAAUCCACCUCUUUAGUUAAUGUCAGUUAGGUCCGUUAUUCAUAGCUUUGAGUCCUCUCAUUUGAAUGCUAGUGAAAAUCUAGAGGGAUUUGUUGUUUUGUUCCAAAAUUUAUUUACUUUACUUUAACUGCUUAUCCAAAAUGAGCUCCAAACUAGUUGGACUUAUUCAAAAUUGUCUCCUGCAUAUGUGUAGGGUUUACUUACGGUGGUGUAGCCUAGUGGUUAAAUUGUUCGCUCAUCACGCCAAAGACUCGGGUUCAAUUCCCCAAAUGGGUACAACGUGUGAAUCCCAUUUCUGGUGUCCCCGCCUUGAUAUUGUUUGAAUAUUUCUAAAAGUGGAGUAAAACUAAACUCAUUCGCUGUAGGACUUACUUUUUACCUGAGAGCAGUUUGCCCAAUUUCUCGUGGCUUUUUUCAAUUACCAGUAUGCAAUGUGAACAGGUGUCAGUGUCAUCAAUAUGAUCAAUAUUGACUGAUAAUGAAGUACUUAAGACAACUUAAGUGUUAUGAGCACACAUCUACAUUGAGGCAACAGUUUCAUAUGAGAUAUAGAGAUUAUCAGCCUAGUGUGUUUCAUUAUCAUUUUUAAUGUCACAUUUUAGGAAUACGGAUUGUAUUUUCCUUAGGGCUGACUGUCAAUCUACUUAAUAUCAAUCAUUUUUGAUAACUAGAGACAAGAAGUAACUUUGAGAGAAAAUGGCAAAAAGGUCCAAAAGAAAUCAGGACAUUUCACAUCACCGGUGAAUGGGGACAUGCUUUAUGCAGAGGUCACAAACAAAAGACAGCAAUAUGAACAUAGUUUAGAAGCAACCCAUGAAUAAAAAUGUGACUUUGU